AUGAGGCCAGUAAAACAAAAGAAGCGUCGGCUUAGGCCAGAAUGGGAAGAAAAGAUAGCUCAAGAGGUGAAAAAGCUCAUUGAGGCUGAUUUCAUUGAAGUAAUUGAGUAUCCCGAGUGGUUAGCCAACAUUGUGCCAGUCCCCAAGAAGGAUGGGCGAGUUCAGAUGUGUGUAGAUUAUAGGGACCUGAAUAAGGCUACUCCUAAGGAUGAUUUCCCAUUGCCUCACAUCGAUGUGCUUGUUGACAGUGCUGCUUGCAUGGCCAUGUACUCUUUCAUGGAUGGUUUUUCGGGAUAUAAUCAGAUCCUCAUGGAUUUGAUAGAUAAAGCAAAGAUAGCUUUUAUCACUAAAUGGGGGACUUAUUGUUAUAAGGUCAUGCCUUUUGGGCUAAAAAAUGCUAGUGCGACUUAUCAGAGAAUGGCUACUAUGUUAUUUCAUGACAUGAUGCAUAAAGAAGUUAAAGUAUAUGUGUAUGACAUGCUACUAAGAAAGAAUCAGCCAGUGGUGUGGAAUGAGCAAUGUCAAGAGGCAUUUGAAAAGAUAAAGCAGUACUUGAGUAAUCCACCAAUUUUGUCACCACCCAUCCCUAGCAUCCCUCUAAUCCUCUACCUAUCAGUGGAAAACAUGGCCCUGGGGGUAAUGUUGGCACAAGAAGUAGAGAAUCUGGAGAGAGCCAUCUAUUACAUCAGUAAGAAACUCCUUGCUUAUGAGGAGAAUUAUUCACUAAUAGAAAGAACCUGUCUGGCUAUAGUAUGGGCAACUAAGAAGUUAAGGCACUACUUUCAGACCCAUCGAGUUAUUGUAGUAUCCCGGAUGGAUCCUUUAAAGUACCUAUUUGAAGUACCGACGCUAGUUGGAAAAUUGGCCAAAUGGUUGGUCCUACUGUGUGAAUUUGAUAUUGUGUAUGAGACUCGAAAAACCAUCAAAGGGCGUGUAGUGGCCGAAUUUCUUUCUGAAAAUCCAGUUAAUGAAGGGGAAGAAGUCGAAACAACCUUCCCGGAUGAAAGUCUCAAGCUAGUAGAGGUCCAGCCAUGGAAAAUGUACUUUGAUGGGGCCAUGAAUAAGAGCGGAGCCGGUAUAGGGGUAGUUUUGGAAGCACUGAAUGGAGAACAAUUGUUAAUGUCAAAAAGGCUAUGUUUCCCAACCACUAAUAAUAUUGCAGAAUAUGAGGCUUGCAUUUGUGGCCUAGAGUCAUUAAUAGCUGUUGGGGCUAAAAAAGUGGAGGUGUUCGGAGAUUCAAUGCUAGUGGUUUCCCAUGUUAAAGGUGAAUGGGAAUUGAAAGAAGAAAAGUUGAGGCCAUACCUGGAGUAUGCUAAGAAACUAUUAUUUAGUUUUGAGGAAGUGACAAUGAAGCACAUGCCUAGAGCUCAAAACCAGAUGGCUGAUGCUCUAGCCAUGCUGGCAUCCUUAUGGGAGAAGGGUGAUCAGAAGCUGACCCAGCCAGUUAUCCUGAUGAGGAGUAGAAUCCCAUGCUAUGAAGGGUUAAUAAUAGCACAUUUAGAUCUAGAAGAUGAGAUGAAAUUAUAUGAAGACAUAAGAAGAUAUUUAGAGGUAAGAGAAUACCCACAGUCAGCCAAUAGUAGGGAUAGAGCUACAAUUCGUAGAUUAGCCACUCAGUUCACUUUGGCUGGGGGGCAACUCUACAAAAGGUUCUUCGAAGGACUAUUGCUCUUGUGUGUGACGAAAAAGCGGUCUGAGCAGAUAAUGGAGGAAGUACAUGCAGGAGUGUGUGGUCCUCACAUGAAGGAAAGGGUAUUAGCGGGCAAAAUUUUAAGAUUGGGCUAUUACUGGUCUACCAUGGAUACUGACUGCGCUAAAUUUGUGAAAAGAUGCCAUGAGUGCCAAAUCCAUGGGAAUUUGAAUCACCUACCGUCCAGUGAACUCUACAGUAUGACUUCACCGUGGCCAUUCUCAAUAUGGGGCAUAGACAUUAUUGGGAAGAUUUCUCUCACGGCUUCUAAUGGCCAUAGAUUUAUCAUUGUGGCAAUUAACUAUUUCACCAAGUGGGUUGAAGCUGAAUCUUAUAAAGUAGUAGGGGCCAAGCAGAUAAGUGGGUUGCUGAAAGAGUGUGUUGCUCCCCUGAAGUAUGUCUUCAGCCUUUAG